CUUCAACUCUCAUCUCGGGAAUAAUUGUUUCUUCCGUAAUACUGUCUCAACUAAAUUAAACAUGGAUGCGGCCGGAGUGGGGAAACCGCAUAACUGGACAUGGAUCCGGGCCAUCAAUAACAUCCAGCAGCCUCACCCGUAGCUUACGGGUUGGUGUUAAUCCCCACCAAUUUCUGAUUGACAAGCCAUUCGAACAAAGCUUCGUUUGAGUUAAAACCAUAUAUUCAACGAAAAUUGGUUACAAUGUCGAAAUAUGAAACCGUCUUAGAGGGGUAUGAGCCUUUGAAAGUAUUGGUGGCCGGUGGAGGAAUUGGCGGCUUAUCAGCUGCCAUCUUCUUGCGUCGCGCAGGACAUCAAGUUGAGAUCUUUGAAUCCUCUAGAUUUGCAUCCGAGGCUGGUGCUGCCAUCCAUAUACCAAGCAAUGUCAAUGGCCUACUGCGAAGGAUGGGCAUGAUCCCAGAAGACCAUGGAGCAAACCAGACAGAAUGGGUAUCUGAAUAUCGACCAAAUGGAGAAAUGGUUUUUCAGAAGGACGUUAGACCAUUGUCCUCUGUCUUUCCCUACCCUUGGCAGUUGAUACAUCGAGUAGAUCUACACAACGCACUGAAGAGCAUUGCUGUGUCACCGGAAGGGAUAGGGCACCCCGUUGUCCUUAAUCUGCGAAGCAAGGUCGUGUCUAUUAACAUUGAUACACCGUCCUUGACAUUAGAGGACGGAUUCACGUAUACCGGAGAUCUGCUCAUUGGCGCCGAUGGGGUACACUCGAAGCUCAGAUCUUCCAUAGCUAAGGAUUGCCCAUUACCAACUCCAUCUGGAUCUAGUGCUUUUAGAUUUUUGAUACCCGCCGAUGUCAUCCGCGCCGACCCUAAGACUGCUCAUUUCCUGGAGAGGAAAGGAGAGAUGCGUCUCUUAUAUGGCACCGAUCGACGCAUUGUAAUCUAUCCAUGCAGAAAUAACACACUUAUAAACUUCGUGGCCUUGCACCCCGACGAGGAGACCGAAGCCGAUGGAGAUAACUGGGACCAGGCAGCAUCCAAAGACAGCAUGCUAUCUUGUUUCUCCUCGUACCCAGAGGAUGUGCGACUGCUCCUUGCGAAGGCAUCGGCUGAGACUAUUAAAUUGUGGAAACUGCUAGAUCACGAGGAGCUGGGAAAAGACAAUUGGGUGCGCGGGAAAGCGUGUCUGCUUGGAGAUGCAGCCCAUGCAUUCCUUCCUCACCAGGGUCAGGGUGGUGCGCAAGCUAUCGAGGAUGGUGCAGCGCUUGGUGCACUUUUCCCUCUCGGUACGCAAGCAUCAGAUGUCCCACGUCGACUCCAACUCUACGUUCAGGCUCGUUAUGAUCGCGCAACACUCGUCCAAGACUUUACACGACAAGCAGCUUUUAAAACAACACAUGGUAAACAUGGUGGAAAAGUCAUUGACCCAAUGCAAUUCACAGAGAUAAACUUCCGGCACGAUGCUUACGAUCAUGCACGUGGAAUUCUCCUCCGAGAGCUUGCUAGGAACGCCACAUACAGGCGAGCGGCCUUCUCCUUUGGACCUUCUCCUGGUCCAAGACAAGAUCACAUGGGGAGACUACGAAAUUUGGGAGAGCAUUCAUAUAAGACCUCCUACCUCACAUUUAAAACACACAAAAGCUACAUUAGCACGCUCUUACCAAGUGAAGAACUGUCAAUUGACACCAACGGAAGCUGGGCAACGGCCACUCUCGCGGUUACGCGCCUGGCAAACUUGAGCUGGCUUGGUGGCCGGGGCUACUCGUUCUUCGCACUUUAUAUCCACAAUGUCACCAGUGACAACAAGACAGCGACUGGCGCCUUGACCGAUAAUGAGCUCGCAACUGGAGGUGCGAAGAAAGGUGACUUUAUCCCUGUCAUGUUCGAGAACAAGGCAGACCCAAUUAUCACUGGCAGGGAAGAGCUCGGCUUUUCUAAGGUCUUUGCUACCCUGGAAGACACAUCCACAGCAUCUUCCUAUUCGCUUAGUGCUGGGUGGGAGGGUACUGAAUUCUGCACCUUGACCCUAGAGGGUCUGGUUGAAGUGCCAUCAGCGGAGCCUACCACUCAGGCUCCCAGUCUUCACUGGAAUGCCAUUACGUCCAGCAAAGAAAGUGGCCACAACUACCGCGGAACUGUUACGGUGUACCCUCCUUUUCCUACUUCGGAAGGACAGAGAGAGUGGAAGGCUGGCGUGGCUAAGGUAAACUUCACAGACCUUGGUGGGCAGCAGCUAGUGCAAGCAUUCCCCACUCUAUCACACAUAAUCGAAGGCUUGAGAGGUAUUCAGAUCGUCGAGGUACUUAAGAGUGGCGUUUUGGCGUCUAGGGAUAUGUAGCCGG